AUGUCUGCGGCGAUCCGCUCGGUCUCACGCCGGCUGGCCACAGCCGGAGCCGUCCACGGUGCGCAGGGUGGUACCCUUGCUGUCGCCGCCCCAGUUCGUCGCCCGGUGAUAACCCUCCCUGCCCGUGGCUAUUCUGCUUCGUCUGCAGGGAUUACUUCAAUUGCUAAGGAGACUGGCCAGAGGCUGUACAAAGCUGUUCUUCGGUCCACCCCGUUCAUGGCAUCAGUCACCACCUAUGCAACUGUGGUUUCGGCAGUUGGAUACUGGGUCAUUGAGACUGUUGAGGGUGGAGUGAAUAAGAAGCUUGUUGAGCAGAAUAACACUCUCGCCGUGAAGCUUGAAGCGGAGAAGGUGAAGCGUGAGGGCUUUCAGAGCAUAGCUACCCAUGCCCAUCAGGAGAGUGCCCGCAGGAUUGAUGAAUCAAUGUUUGAUGUACGUCUUCAGCUCAACAAACUGUUCCUCCGCUGGUUGGAGGGACAUGAGGUCAACUUGAAAAGAAUGAAGGACAUGGAGCAAAGGAUUGAUGCAUUGACAAGGGAGGUUGAUGCAUUGAAGAAAUCUCCUUCUGCAAAGUGCAACUAUGUGGAGGACGGCAUGGACAUCUACUCCGGCAACAGCUACUCCGUCCUGCUCACCACCGACCAGGACCCAUCGUCCAACUACUGGGUCAGCAUCAAAGCUCGCGCCGGCUCUGGCCCUGCUCUCAACUACCAGCCCAACCGCGGGUUCAAGCUCCUGGCCAUCGCACCACCGGUGACCCCAGCGUGGAACGACACCGCGCACAACAAGGCGUUCAUGAGUCAUGACCCAGAUCAAAGCUCGGGUCGGCACGCCCCAAAUCGCCGGUGA